AUAAUGUUAGCCUUACUGUCCGCUGUGCCCAGUCUCUUUACUUCCAUGGAAUCGGUCAUACCUGCUUCAAGAUCGCAGAUACUCAAGGCGAUCCUAAACAACAAAUACAGCAGCAAGCGCUCAGAAGAAAUUGCAGAGGCUCAGUCUCACGUAGAAUGUUGCCCUUCGGAAACACGCUUCAAACAAAUUCGUGGAGGCCUCUCCAGAGAGGGCAAGGUUGUAGAACUCUACAGGAACCAACGCACCGUGCAGAAAUUCUACGAGACCUCGUGCAAGCCGGAAUUCAAAGAUCGUCCUUGUCAAUUAGUAGCCAGCGAGGAUCGACAAAUGUCAAGGUGUGUGCAGAAGUACAGUUACGUGUACGCCAUUUUGAAGGAUUACAACGUGGAAGAGAGCUACGGUUAG